AUGCAUUGCCAUCUCACUCCCUAUUCCCAUUUGCUUACUCACGGAGAUUAUUUCAUUUAUUGCCUAGGGCUGGUUUAUAGGUUCUGGCUAUUUGGGCCAGAAGCAAACAAUGGACACCUUGUCAAGGUUAACACAAAUGGACAUACAGGAGGUGAACUUGAAGGUACCAUAAUGCGGAGUUGGAUCAAGAACAUAUUGAUCCAUGACCUGGUGAGUAAUUUUCACAUAGAGAGGUCUCACUAA